AAAAUCUAAAAUGGCGUCUUCGAGUAAGCGACCACGUAACGAUCAACAGCGAUGUACAGCUCAAGAAGUUGCAGAAAUUCUUAUGAAUGAAAAGAGCGAUGUAGAGAGUAAUGUGGGCAGUGAGGUAGGAGGGAUUUCUAGUGGUGAAGAGUCCGAGUUGGACCAAGAAAUGGAAGUAGGAAGUGAAGCUGAAUUGAACACGAGUUUUGGUGAUGAGGAGGCUCAUCCUGAAGGGACCUCGAGUAGUGAUGAGGGUGUGGAAGAAGAAGCGACAUCUUCGGUGAGAUGUUCGAGCGAGAGGACGAGGCGGAGGGCGAAGGAGAGGACGGGGAAGAGGCCAGCAGCGUAGGCAGUUGGCUACUGCCCAGCCACAGCAGGCAACCUCCUACAACAGCUAUGGAGAUGCUGACCAAGUGAACCAGCUCCCCGAUUUUGCUCCAAGUAGAAUUCCUGGGCUACAUUUAGAAGUACCACUACUGAGAGGAGCCAUGAAACGUGCGGUGGACUUCUUUCAGCUGUUUUUUACUGCCCACCUAGUUCAGCAAAUCAGUGCAAACACCAAUGCCUAUGCCUAUGCCAACAGCAGAAGCAGUCGUAUGCCAAUGAAAUGGGGGCAUGGAACGAUACAAACCCUGAGGAAAUCAAUCGACUUAUUGCCCUGAUUCUGUACUGUGGUCUUGUGAAUGUAAGCUCAUUCCACAGAUACUGGAACACAAAAACAUUAUAUCAUGGGCUAUGGGCAAGGGCAAUCAUGGCACGUGACCGGUUCAAGGCCUUGAUGGCCAUGUUACAUGUUGUCAAUCCAAUUGAAGAGGAUGAUCAUGACAAGCUGAGGAAAGUACGCAGUUUCCUUGACCAUUUCAAGGAGAGGGGCAAGGCAUUAUACCAGCCUUUCCAGAAUGUUGCAAUAGAUAAAAGAAUGGUAAAGAGUAAGCAUCUUUCAGGUAUGAGGCAGUAUAUAAAGAACAAACCAACGAAAUGGGGACUGAAGUUGUGGGUUCUGGCAGACAGUGCAAACGGUUACACUUAUGACUUUGAUGUCUAUGCCGGAAGACAGACAGUGAAUGCCCCAAGUACUAAUGGGCUUGCACAUGAUGUGGUCAUGAAGUUAUUAUCACCCCUACUCAAUCAGAAAUACCAUCUGUAUUGUGAUAACUUUUACACAUCAGUGACACUUAUAAAGGAUCUUUUCCUUGUGAAGACACCAGCUACUUGCACUGCAGCUGAAAAUAGAAGGGGGUUUCCAGAGGUUUCCAGAGAGCGAGGAAGUAUGAGAUGGCACAGAGAUGGUGUUUGCUUGGCACAGCAGUGGAAGGAUAACAGACCAGUCACUAUCUUAUCCUCCAUUGAAUGUGCCAAUGAUUAUGUAAUUGUUUCAAGAAAAGUGAAAUCCAGAGAACAGUGGACGAACAUUGAAGUGAGGCAGCCGAUGGCCAUCAACAAAUACAACAGCUAUGUGAAUGGUGUGGACAGAUCUGACCAGCUGAUGACAAAGAACAACGCUCUCUCAAAGUGCAGAAGAUGGUGGAAAGUCCUCUUCUUCCACAUGAUUGAUAUAGCUGUUGUAAAUAGCUAUAUUCUUUUCCAGCUUCACCGUGCCCAGAACCCUGACAACACAGCACUUUAUCGCCCGAAGAAGUACUCAGUUGCUGAGUUUAGAGAAGAACUAGUGAGACAGCUGGUAGGCUUAGAAGAGUUUGGUUUGUUUGAGUUUGAGACUGUCCACAUGCCAAUGAUGUCGGAUGUGAAGAGAAACUGUAAGGUUUGUUAUGCAACCACGGGAAAGGAACUAAAGGUCAGGACCUACUGCGAAGCACCACAAUGCCAGGCAUACCUGCACCUCACCAGCACCCAGAACUGUUUUAAAAUAUGGCACAGCAAGGAGUUCCAUGAGUAAGAGUAUUUAGUUAUCUAUAGUUUGCAAGGACAAUGCUGUGUACAGUUAGUAUUUCAUUACUUUUUUUUGUUUUUCAUAAUUUAUUUAGUGAAUACUAGCAAUUGUAAGCAAGAAAUGCUAGGCAGAAUAACACAAAGCUGAUUAUAAGUGUAUAAAAGACACUAUUGAACCAUGAUAUAGUGUUCUUAUUUUAAAUAUUGUUGAUAAUUCCAGAAAAAAAUAAAUUUUUAUUACCCGUCCCCUAAAUAGCAUAAUUUACAUAUGGUAAGCUUUUCUGCUGUAACUUUCUCUUCUUUUGUGCAUUAGGCUAGAAUUUAUAGCAAGUGUGUAUUAUAUGAUAGGGAACAAUUUUGUUUUCAACAUUUUUUGAUUGACUUGAUUUCAAGUGUAUAAUGUGAUAUUUUCUUGUAAAUAGUAUAUUACGUAACACCUUAAUUAGCAAAAAUCAAUACAAAAAAUAAUUAGUAACUGGUGAAAAAAUUAAAAAUGAGGGAACCAAUGUGUAGCCCAUUUUGUAAGCUUUCCAUAGACAUAUAGCACAAGUAAAUCGGAUAAAAGCAGAAGUGGCAGGAUAUUUUACAAUGAGAGACACAAAAAAUGGCCCAUUUUAGGGCAGGCACCAAAGGGUUAAAGGUUUACCGCGUCUCGUUUGCAUUGCAAAACAACCAACGACGGAAAGCUUUGUGAAGGUUAAUAAUACCAGGAUUAUGAAUAGACUCGAUCACUGCUUUAUUCAGUCGUUAUGGACCAGCAUUGGGAUAAAACACAUAAGUUUGUAUGUUGGAUUUAGCAGUUAUGUCAUAAACAUGAUUGCAAAAAAUAUAUAUAUAGGACGAUUAUAUACGAUUAUAUAUUUUGCCAUAAUUUUUUUUUUUCAGGGAAACAUAAUUGCAGAUGGUUAACAUUCUCUAUAGAGGCGAGGUUGGAGGUGGUUAACAUUCUCUAUAGAGGCGAGGUUUCGCUUCUGACUUUCGUCUAUGUUCUUGAAGAUUUUGGUUCGCUCAUGAUCAUUCAAUAAGCUCCAUUUUGUAUUUCCACACAACGCUUUUUAUUCUCCAGAAUUACAGAACCUCCAAAGAGGACAUUCUCUGAGUUUUGACCAACAAUUUGUAAAAUAAUUUAGUCCAUAUUGAUACGUCAUUCUCAACUCGAAUUGAUCUUGAAUCCUCUACAGACGAUAAGAUACAUUCACUAAAAGAACUUCUCUUGAAUGUGGAUACGUUUAAGCUGGUUAUGCUGGUAGAUUACUAGUGAUUUGUCGAUUACGAGUGAUAUGUCGUUUUUCUUCGUAUGAAGAGACGAUUUGCUGCUUUUUUUCUAUCCCAAAUAAACUUUCAGCAAACUUGAAAUUGUCGCGCGCGUUGCAAAAUCAUUAUGGCGGAAAUUAUAUAAAUUGUCAAAACACAGGGAGUUUGAAGCCGAUUUUUCGUAAAGUCAAUGAUUCUAGAUAAAAUAAAAACUAAAAUGCCGUUCUAAGGUAAAGAUCUAUAACUUCGGGAGUAAAAAUCCAGUUUUCUAUGGUCAUUUUACAAAUCAACUCACUACUUCGAACUUUGGAGGUGAGCGGUCCAGUAUCGCGGGGUGCGGAUCGUAGGAUAUCGGUACUCAAGUAGUCCAGCGGAUAUGUGCAGAUUUUACCUUGAAUUGCGCACUUUUUGCUAAAGUUAUCAAUUUUAACAUAGUGAUAGUUUUUGAUACCUCUUACAAGAUAGGCUAUAGAGCCAAGCUCAGUUCGGCUUUAAUUUCUGAUUAAUAAUGAAUAUUGAUUUGGCCGUCAUUUUGAACCGGAAGUAAACUAACUUUUUCCAAAAAAAUAAAUAAACUCGCACACUUUAUUUAAGAAAGUUUACUCAUAGACAAAUAAAAUAUAAUUCAGAGACUGCAUCUAAACAAAAGAGUUCUCAAAGUAACAAGAUUUUUUUAAUUUUUGUAACUUUUACGGCGACAGCGAUUUUGAACCGGAAGUAGUCAAGAGUAAAUACUGGCACGCUUGUUUCACUUUGCGCCUUUAAACAAAAAUUAAAAAUUACUUGUUUCAGGAAUAGUUUAGGGUCAUCUUUUCAAGAUAAGCUAUGGAGCCAAAAAAUCUGAUUUAAUCACGGAUUAUCUUGGGAUAUUAAAAUGGCCGAUAAUUUAAUCCGAAAAUGAAAACUCACGCGUCAAUACUCACUAUUUUCGAAAGUCGUCAAAUGAUUUAAAAGACACUUAUAGCCAGCCCAAGUAUACCAAACAUUCACGCUCAAUAGCUGGAUCAAGAGAAAAGAAAGAAGACAAAAGCAACUGCUUAUGUGACAAGCCUGGUGGGGAUACCAAGACCCCGGGAGCGGGCCGCUCCACCAAAUGACUUCAACGUCUGUAAAACGACUGCACACAUGAAUGUGUGCAAGUGUUACAAGAUGAACAGUUUCUAACAGAAGGAAUUGUUAAUCUGGUGUGCGCUUAUCACUCUUCUUGCCUUACUUCCUUUUUCUACAGAAGAGUCAAAGGAGUAUCUCGCCAUUUAGAAUUUCACGCAUUUACAGGCGUGAUACUGUAUCCUGUUAUGCGGGUAGGGGGAAAAGGCAGUACUUACUGUAUUUCCCGAAUCCACAGAUGGUCUUCGACAGCUAGCCUUCAGGCCAGUCGAAAUAAAAGACAGAAUGUUUGGCAACACUUGAGCGCUUUUUACUGCUUCUAUACGACUGAACAAGUGCAAAGAAUCGGAAGUAGACAAGGCAAGAAUUUAGCUCCUCGUGAAAAAAGGAACAGCAUUUGAUAUCAUUCUACCAACGAAGGCAGCUAUCAUACAACACACCAAGAAAGCUGCCUUUCAAGCAGGCCAUUGUUGGGGGCAAGCACUCCUCCCUGUCUCAACACUUCCGUCUUUUUAGCAGAAUGGACAACAGUUGCCAUAGCCGCUUUGGACAAACGCUACCAGAGCUUUUCAAGGUGUGCCAAUAAGCCAAAGAACUAUUAGAUGAGGAACCAAGAGCUAUUCGAUGCAAGAUAGGCUGCCAAGCACGCUGCACUUGCACCCAAGCCAGCAUGAAAUGUUCAGCACUUGGCAGCUCCAUUAAAUCGUUUAACGAUAAAGCUGUAAGAUAUCUGAACUGCAUUAAAUAAAGAAAACAAUUCUCAUCGGAGUUUCUUAUUACGUUAGACCGACGUAUUAUGAACCACACUCUUCUUGUUUUAUAAGAAUCUAUUUUUAAGAACGUCCAAGAUUAACUAAGAUUUCACUAAUUUUUAACAAAAUGCCGAGGCUCACAUAGCAAGAAAACAUUUUCUUUAUAUUAAAUUGGUGCUUUUAUCAUUUGUGCAAUUCUAUUUUAAAAAAAUGCUUUAUUGCUUAUUCGUAUAUGCAUUAAUCUGGUUUGAUUAGAGUGUGCAGAAACAGGUUUGGAAACCUACUUCCGGUUUAAAAAAGUAAAAUUAAUAGCAGAAACCUAAUCAGUUUUGCCUUUUUUACAACUUAAAAGUAUUAAAUGGAUUUCAUGAAUAUUUUUUGAAACAAGAUGUGCAUCUCUGUGUUUUCAAAAAUGCCAAAUUUAAUCUCCAGUGCAAAAUGGCUGCAAUUAUAAUAAACCAUAUUAGUCGGUGAUAAAAGCCGAUUUUAUCUUGGCUCCAUAGCUUAUCUUAUAAAGGUUAUUGCAACCUACAACUGCAAUAAAAUUGGUGUCUUUUGCUAGAGGGCGCGGGGUGAAAUAAACGUCCGAGGUUUUACUUUCGACUACUUCCGGUUAAAGGUGGCUAUCACCUUUAAAGUUCCAUAAAUUACAAAUUUGCGGUUAUUUUAAAAAAUACUGGGUUUAAAUACAUUCUUUGACUUUUAUAUUAGUUGUCUAGUGAAAAACAGUAUCAAAAUGUGCAAGUUUAUUUAUUUUUUAUAAAAAGGUAGUUUACUUCCGGUUCAAAAUGGCGGCCAAAUCAAUACUCCUUAUUAAUUAGAAAUCUGAGCUUGGUUCUAUAGCCUACCUUCAAAAGGGUAUUAAAAACUAUCACUAUACUAAAAUUGGUAACUUUAGCAAAAAGUGCGCAAAAAUAAUUUUAAAGUUCUGUGAAAAAGAGCUGUUUAAAAAAAUUCUUAAACGUAGAUAUACUACCUUGCCUCAAGCCCGCUGGCCACUAAAUGGAGAGACGUCCGAGGCUUUGGAACCAGGGUAUAGAUAUACUUAAUUAAGAAAUCUUUAGAUAUUGCAGUCUCGGGUCGGCGAAUCAAGGCUCAUUAAACUAAGACAGAUGGUUAUUUUAGCCAAUAGGGGACUUGCACUAACUAAUAACUUGAC